AUGAGCUCCCCGUGGGGUCCUGACUCAGAUAUUGCAGACUGGUUGGCCACCAUCCACUUAGAGAGGUACCAGGAUGUGUUCAAGCAGCAUGGGUACCACGUGGCCAGAGAUGUUGCCUCACUGGACGGUGACCACCUGCAGCAGAUUGGCAUCACCGCUACCGGGCACCGCAAAAGGAUCCUGAACUUGGUGCGGCAGACGCGGGUGCUCAGGCAAGCCCAGGAGGGACUCGCAGCAGGAGACACCCAUUUCCAAGCCACUGAGGUCCUGAAUGCCCUCCAGGUAGGCAAGGAUGCCAUGAAAGCAGAGCUGGGAGAGGCUACUGACACCCUGGGGACUCAGCAGCUUGGCACUGCACCCACCCAGGCAAGCACUGCACCCACCCAGGCACUGCUUGUGGAGAAGAACCCUGCUCCUCCCCUCGUGAAGCCGGUUCCCAAACCCAGGACAGUUUUCCCUCGCUCAAAGCCAGAGCAGGGCUCAGCGCCCACGCCGUCGGCACGCACCACAGUGCCGGCACACAGCCCGGGCAGCGACGGGGCGCCUGCAGCCUUUGUGGUACUCGAAGGGUUUGUGCCAGGGGAGAGCUCCACAGAUUUGGAGAGUCCAGAGCCCAGGCCAGUGCCACCAGCUGGCCCAGGGGCUGCUGUAGCUAUGGGCAUGGGAGCAUCCUGGCUUCGAGGGCGAGAGAGGACUCGGGAGAAUACAUGGUCUCCUCCAGCUCCGGAUCGUGGACAUACCCCAGAGGCAUUGGAGAAAUCCCCCCUGUCCGUCCCAUCUGUCCCACCACGGCACAGCCACAGGGUCCCGGUGGCUGAGCCCAGCCCUGAGAGUGUGCUGGAGGGUGACCCCACAUCCAAACCCCCGCUGCUCCUGGGAUUGGGACGGGGCAGGUUGGAGAUGGUGUCCAACGUCAUCUAUGAAGGACUCAAGUCCCCGUCAGCACCCACUGAGGACUCAGGAGGGGAGGAUGAACCCCAGGGUCAGCCCCCAGCUCUGUCCCCGCAGGAGCUGACCCAGCUGGACAACAAGCCUGACAGUCCCAGCUGGCCUGGGGGCAACCUGCCCCCCGUCCCACAGAGACCCACCGGCAAACCAGAGGUCGGCGAGCAGCUCGUCAACCCUUACAGCGAGACCAUCUUUGGGCACGUAGCCCCAUCUCGGGAGCAGAAGGGCACUGGUGUCUCCUCUGACCAGGGCUACGAGGCAGUGACUGAGCUGGAUGUGGAGCGAGAGGUGACAAGCAGCGAGUGCAGCAGUGAGGGAAGCGAGGAUGAGGAGACCCGGUCCCAGCUCAUCAACCGCAUCGUCCAGAAUGACACUGAGGGAUACUCCACUGUGGAGGCACCGCGGGCCGAGGGGGCCUCGUUCAGCCUGCCAGCCCAUCUCUACCCAGACGAGGUCCUGGAUGACCUCACCAUCUCCCCUUAUGCCAGCUUCACGUCUCUCUCCGAACCCCGACCCACCAUGCUCAGCGGCUGGCUGGACAAGCUCUCCCCACAGGGGAACUACGUCUUCCAGAGGCGCUACGUCCGUUUCGAUGGGAAGAACCUGAUGUACUUCAGUAGCGAGAAGGAGCCCUACCCUAAAGGGGUGAUCCCGCUGUCCGUGAUUGAGAUGGCUCGCUCCACCAAGGACAACAAGUUCCAGGUCUUCACCAGCCACCGGAUCUUCGUUUUCCGUGCCGAGAAUGAGGCCCAGAGGAAUGAGUGGUGCUCCACGCUGCAGAAGAAGGUGAUGGACCAGCGCCUGGUGGGGUCCCGGCCCCGACCCGCCAACACUGCUCACUGCCAGAAGUCAGGAACCCUGGAGCUGAAGGGCCAGAAGUCCAAGGUGUUUGCAGCCCUGAGCCUGCCUGAGAUGUGGCUGUACAAGAGCGAGCAGUUCUUUAAAAUGGGCAUUGGCAUCUGCUUCAUUGAGAUGCGUGGCUCCACUAUCCGCGAAGCCAAGAACCGCAGCUUCGAGCUCAUCACCCCUUCCAAAACAUUCAGCUUCGUGGCAGAGUCAGAGCGGGAGAAGCGGGAGUGGAUGGAGGCCCUGCAGGAGGCCAUAGCCGAGAUGCUCUACGACUAUGAGGUGGCAGAGAAGAUCUGGUCCAACAAAGCCAACAAAUACUGUGCAGACUGCUGGGCUCAGAGUCCUGACUGGGCAUCCAUCAACCUGUGUGUGGUCAUCUGCAAGCAGUGUGCAGGCCAGUACAUCUUACUGGGGGAUCAAGGGGUGCUCACUCUCCUGCUCCCCACAGGGCAGCACCGCAGCCUGGGCUCCAACAUUUCCAAGGUGCAAAGUCUGAAGCUUGACACCAGCGUAUGGUCCAAUGAAAUUGUGCAGCUCUUCAUCGUGCUGGGAAAUGACCGAGCCAACCGGUUUUGGGCCGCUUGCCUCCCUGCUGCCGAAGCUCUGUACCCAGAUGCCAGUGCCGAGCAGAGACGGGACUUCAUCUCCCGCAAGUACCGUGAGGGUCGGUACCGCCUGCCCCAUCCCCACUUCACCACUCAGGAGGACGUGCUCCAGGCAUUGUGCACUGCAGUGGCAGGCCCAGCCCUGCUCAAGACCAUCCUGCAGUUCUUCUCCUCCUCGGAGGCUGGGCUGGCGACUGACCCUGGUGCCUGUGAGGUGGCUCCAGGGGCUGACCUUUGCUGGGGACCCGAGAGCAAAAGGCCCAGGAAUCAUUCAGGGAGCCCCCGCACACAGGGACCAGGUCCAGAGGGAGUCUACAACGAGAUCAUGCAGCCAGUGACACACAGUGGAUACCUGUACAGGGUCCCGGCCACCACCAAGCUCCCAGGAGCCAAGAAGAGCAAAGAGGGUAAGAGUGGGGAGCACGGGAGGCAGCCACUGGGGUGCCCACCCCGCUACUGCUGACCCCCACAACCCACAGACUUCCAGCGCACGUGGUGCUCCCUGGAGAGAGCCCUGCUCUUCUUCGAAACGGAGAAAUGCAUGGAGCCCCUGGGCCACAUUGAGAGUGGGGACCUCAUCUCCUUGGCCGUGAGCAGAGCCCAGGUGGUCUCCAACCCUGGCCCCACCGAGAGGAUUCGCUUCACCCUCGAGCUCUUCCUCACCGGGGAAAAAGUGCAGCAGCUGGGAACUGACGGGCCCGAGACGCUGCAAGCCUGGGCCAGUGCCAUCGGAAAGUGGUUCACACCUGUGAGCUGUCACUGCCUGCUGGGCUACGAGUUCCAGCGUGUGGGCCAGCUGCGCUACAAGUGCAUGCUCAACCCCGAGCGAUGGCAGCAGGCCUUCUUCAUCCUGCAGAAAGCCCACCUCUUCAUCUGCCCUGCCGAGGAUGAUGGGGCUGAGGACAGCAUCAACCUCCGGCGGCUGCAGGAGCUCAGUCUGGUUCCCCCCACGGAGACACCAGAGAAAAAAGAGCUGCUGAUCCUGGUGGAGAUGGGGAGGACGUUUUACCUGCAGGGAUUGUCGCGGGCGGACUCGGCGGCAUGGUACAUGGACAUCCAGGCGUCGGCGGGGGGCCGGGGCAACGCAUUGAGGGACCAGCAGCUGAGCCGAGGGGACAUCCCCAUCAUCGUGGACAGUUGCAUCGCCUUCAUCACGCAGUACGGCCUGCGGCAUGAAGGGAUUUACCGCAAGAACGGAGCUAAGUCCCGGAUCAAGGUACUGAUGGAGGAGUUUCGUCGGGAUGCCCGCAAUGUCAAGCUGCGCAUCAAUGACAACUUCAUUGAGGAUGUCACCGACGUGCUGAAGAGGUUCUUCCGUGAGCUGGAAGAUCCCGUCUUCACCCUGGAGCUGCACCCACAGUGGAAGGAAGCUGCAGAAAUCCCCUCGAAGCCCCAGCGCCUGGAGCGGUACAAGGAGCUCAUUCAUCGCCUGCCUCGCCUCAACCACAAGACCCUGGCUGCGCUCAUUGGGCACCUCUACCGGGUGCAGAAAUGUGCAGACCUCAACCAGAUGAGCACCAAGAACCUGUCGCUGCUCUUCGCACCCAGCCUUUUCCAGACCGAUGGCAAAGGGGAACACGAGGUCAAGGUGAUGGAAGACCUCAUUGACAACUAUGUCAGCAUCUUCAAUAUUGAUGAAGACCAGGUAUCCCAAAUGGAUCUGGAGAACAGUCUGAUCACCACGUGGAAGGACACCCAGCUCUCACAGGCCGGGGACCUCAUCAUCGAGGUUUACCUGGAGCAGAAGCUGCCUGACUGCUGCGUCACCCUGAAGGUGUCCCCCACGAUGACAGCAGAGGAGCUCACCAACCAGGUGCUGGAGAUGCGCAACGUGGCAGCCAGCCUGGACAUCUGGCUGACCUUUGAGGCCCUGGAGAAUGGGGAGCUUGAGAGGCCCCUGCACCCAAAGGAGAAGGUGCUGGAGCAAGCUUUGCAGUGGUGCAAGCUCCCCGAGCCCAGCACCGCGUACCUGCUGGUGAAGAAGGUCCCCAUUGGUGAGGGCAGCUGUCUCUUCACAGGUGUCAAACGGGAGACCCCCAAGUGUGGGCUUCUGAAAUGCCGUGAAGAACCCCCCAAGCUGCUGGGGAACAAGUUUCAGGAGCGCUACUUCGUCAUCCGGGACCGGAGGCUGCUGCUGCUCAAGGAGAAGAAGAGUGUCAAGCCGGAGCGCGAGUGGCCCCUGGACACAGCCAAGGUUUACAUGGGCAUUAGGAAGAAGCUGAAGCCACCAGCCCAGUGGGGUUUCACACUGACCUUGGACAAGCAGCAGCUGUACCUGGUGUGCUCAGGGCAGGCUGAGCUGUGGGACUGGACCACCAGCAUCCUCAAAGCUCAGCACGAUGACCUGCGCCCCGUGAUCAUGCGCCGACGCUCCUCCUCCGACCUCGCCAAGCAGAAGUUCGGCACCAUGCCGCUGGUGCCCCUGCACGGGGACAGCACCGACACCACCAUGCUGUCUGCCAACCAAACCCUGCGCCGCCUGCACACGCGAAGGACUUUGUCCAUGUUCUUUCCCAUGAAGAUGCACCAGGACUCCCUGGAGGAGCAGCAGGAGAAAGAGGUGGACACCGAUCCUGUCUACGAGGAGGUGGGCAACUUCCCUGAGCUGGCUGCACUGGAACUGGAGAGGGAGUUGCUGGCUGACCUGUCGGCCAUGUCCCCCGUGGACAGGUCCAAGAAGCAGACCACAUUCCCUGAGCAGCCCCCCCCCACGGCGCUGCGCUCAUCAUUGCCCACCAGCCCAGCCCAGAGGAUGUCAGGUCCCUCCGUUACCAAAGCCCUGUCCCUCGAAAGGGGAUUGAACCUGGAGAGCGACAAAGCUCCAGUGCAGGGGCUCAGACCCACCAAAACGUCCUCUCUGGAGAGGAACUUGGAGCCUUCCCUGGCACUGGACUGGGAGCAGACGGCCAUGCUGGGGAGCAGCCCCAGCACAGAGACCUCCCUGGAGAUCGCCAGGAAGAGGAGCACACAGCCUCCCUCGCCCAUCAGUGACAAACUCAUCCAGGAGCUCAGCAGUGUCAUCCUCAGGAAGACUGAGGGCCAACCACCAGGGCCAGGCCAGCCGGUGACGUGA